AUGGGUAUCAAAAAGUCACUAGGUUUCAAUGAAGCAGCAGCCGCCAAUAACCCUACACUAGACGACAAGGCUUAUGUGGCGCAGAUUGUUUCUGAGAUCAACCGUCUGCGGUCACAGAUCAAUGACACCGCCGUCUGCCGCCUGGUCACUUCCCUCAGCGGCAAGACUUGCACAAUCCAGCAUUCUGAUAAGGUUGGACAAGGUGCCCUUAUGGGAGGCUCAAACUACCAUGCUCGUGUUCUAUUUGAUGAUGGAUCGUCGCCCUGGCUUCUUAGGGUUCCCCGUGUUGCAAGUUAUGAGGUCGGUCUUCCGGAGUCAUUAGUAGAGCACUUGGUCAUCAGUGAGUACGCUACACUGAGGUUCCUUGAAAACACAAAGGUGCCAGCACCAAGGGCAUAUGGUUAUGGUAUACGCGGCAGAGACAAGGAGGACCAUGGUGUUGGCGUUAGCUUCCUGCUCAUGGAGCAUCUGCCAGGAGAGGCGUGGACUGGGGAGGGAACUAAGGAGCAAAAGGCCAAAGUCCUAUCUGGUCUUGCCUCUAUCCUCAAUGAAGUGGCACAGCACCCCUUCCCCAAAGCCGGAUCCUUGGUGCCUCAUGCAUCCACCAUGAGCAGGGUGUCAGCUGUGGCAAGUGACCGAUUUCUUGCCCUUACGCCCGAUGGCCCUUUUGAUGAUGCCGAGUCUUAUUAUGCUUCUUUUGCAGAACAGUAUCUGGCGCUAAUUUGCGGUGGGCAGCUCUAUACUGAGUACCCCGUCGAUGCGUACCUUGUGUAUCGCUUCUUGAAAGACAAUGUGUCCCAGCUUGCCAGUCGCGACGCCCAUGGGAGUGCAGAGUUUUUCUUGAAACAUGUGGAUGACAAGGGAGACCACAUUCUCAUUGAUGAGAACUUCAAUAUCACCGGCAUCAUCGACUGGGAGAUGGCACGCACGGUGCCCCGUUCGGAAGCCUUUGGGCCAUCCUUGGUCACCGCUGACAUGAAUACUUUAUGUGCUGGCAAGGUAUGCCUGACAGAAAACGAUCAGAUCUUGGCACGAGAGCUGGGGAAACUGUCACCUCAGCUAGUCGAUUGUUCGGUGGACGAAAAGGCGCGACGGUUCUUUUGGGGUCUUGCGCUGGAGCCUGACUGGGCAGAUGCCAAGCUACUGGCAGUCGCGAUCCUCACUGUCUUUGGGGUUGACCAGAAGUGGGAGGAAUGGAGGGAACAUGCACUCGAGCGAUAUAAAGGAGACGGGCGUUUGCAAAGACUUCUCCGAGGUUGCAGCUAA